CAGUCUCUAUUAUGAAACACACAACCAAACUAUCACAUAACUAGAAAAUGGAGAGCACACACAGAAGCUUAACCUUGUUGGUACUUUGUUUCCUGAUGAUGGGAACAACAAUGUUAGUGAGUGGUCAGAGUGCAAACAACGUUAGAGCAACAUACAAUAACUACAACCCUCAGGAUAUAAACUAUGAUUACAACAGAGCAAGUGUUUACUGUGCUACCUGGGAUGCUAACCAGCCUUUGUCAUGGCGUAGCCAAUACGGUUGGACCGCCUUUUGCGGACCCGCCGGACCUACAGGCAGAGACUCUUGCGGCAAAUGCUUAAGUGUGACAAAUACUGCAACUGGUACUCAGGUAACAGUGAGAAUAGUUGAUCAGUGCUCUAAUGGUGGACUGGACUUGGAUGUGAAUGUCUUCAACCAACUUGAUACUAAUGGAGCUGGUCGCCAGGCGGGUCACCUUACAGUUAACUAUGUCUUUGUUAAUUGCUAAGGUCAAAGAGUAACUCUUUGUAAUAAUAAGAAGUUCUAGCACUGCUUCUUCCUAAUAAAACCAUAAAUAAGACAAACGGUGCUAUACAUGCAUGUAUGUAUACUUAAUUGAAUGAAAAAUAAAUGAUAAUUCAAUAAUUUUUCUUC